AUGGAUCCCAUAUCUGCUCUAGGCAUAGCGGCGGCUGUUGUUCAGUUCGUUCAGUUUGCGACAAAGAGAUGCCGCGACGUUCAGAAACUGUACGAGACUGGUGACACUUCACUCUUGCAGGGCAUCGCAUUCGACAGUAUAGCGACGGAUUUUCUCCAUUUGUCAGCUGGUUUCGAACAUAGGCAGGAGCAGGAUUUGGCGUCUCGCAAUCAGCACCAGCAAGUUGACGAUGCUAUCGACGACCUUCUCAAAGGCUGUUACGACGUGGCGAGAGAGAUUGCAGCAAUUUUCGCGAAGUUGAAGAGAAUUCAACAAGGCAACCACGCUCUCUCUAAGAUAAUUGCAUUAAUGCAAUCCGCUUGGAAAUAUGACGAUAUCACUCGAUUGAUGGAGAAGAUGGCAGCCUACCAAAGCCAGUUGGUGCUACGUAUGCUGCAACACCUCAGCUUAACCACGAAUGAUCUCGGCAAGUCCCACAAGCAACGAUUUGAUGACUUGAACCAGCAAUACUCAAAUAUCGUCCAAGUAUUGGCUGUCACGAAUAACCGGCUUGAAAAACUUGGAAAUCAGGGUGCCACACUGCGAAAUAGGCUGGAUCAGACGGGUGCCCGUGACAUUACACAGCACAAUCAGAUUCUCUCGGCGAUUCUGACGCUCCAAAAUGGCGAAAAUCAUGUCAUCGCUCCGAAAGGAGUAUAUCAGCGAAGCUCGGAAGCCCAUGCUCAGAGCCUGAUGACACUGACAGCCGAAGAGGGUAGUACAGUGGGACGCGCUGAGCUCCGGGGGUUCGAACCUAUCCAGGAUAUGGCACUGAGAAGCCUGUACUUUCGAUAUUAUAGUGAUAGACAUGACAGUGUCAAGCAGGCUCACUCAUCCACGUUCAACUGGAUAUUGGACGAUACGCUGGACGCGGAACAUCCUGCUUCAUCCUUAGUCCAAUGGUUUGAGUCUGGAAGCGGAUGCUACUGGAUCAACGGCAAGGCUGGGUCCGGCAAAUCGACUUUGAUGAAACACGUUCUCAACGACCCGAGAACGAAAGCACUUUUACGCAGAUGGACUGGAAGCUCUGAAAAUGAAGCAGCGUGCGCCUCGUUUUUCUUUUGGAACCUAGGGACCACUCUCCAGAAAUCUCAAGAGGGCUUACUGCGCUCACUGCUCUACGACAUUCUCUGUCAACAUCCUGGCCUGAUCCCUAGCGUCAUGCCCGAGCUCCGUAUCCUUGGGGUCGACAUGGCCAAGAGAAUUCGUUUGGAAGCUCCGUCUCUGGCGGAACUUCUCCGUUGGUUUCGCCGGCUGCUGGAUCAAUCGAGCUCUCAGUUCCGUUUGUUUUUCCUCAUAGAUGGCAUCGAUGAGUACGAAGGAGAUGAGGCUGAAGUCGUGAAUCUACUGGCUUCGAUUAACACAGCUUAUCCAAAUGUCAAACUCCUAAUAUCCAGUCGGCCAUUGCCAGUCUGUGUCAAUGCCUUUGAAAGCCUGCCUAACAUGAAGCUCCAGGAUCUAACCAAGGAUGAUAUCCGGUGCUAUACCGAAGAGCUUUUGCGAGAACGACUGGAGUACAGACACGGUGGCGAGUGGGAAAGUUUCGUCGAGGAAAUUGUGACCAAAUCCUGUGGCGUGUUUCUUUGGGUUGUUCUCGUCGUUCGCUCGCUCUUGGUUGGCCUUCAGAAUUUCGAUGACAUCGGCGAGCUGCGCCGUCGUCUGGAUGAGUUGCCAUCGGAGCUCAAGGAUCUAUACGCGGCCAUGUUUAGGCACUUGCCGCAGAUCUAUCGGAAACAAGCAUCGGAGCUAUUUCAAAUGUGUCUGAUGGCUUCUGAAGAGCAGGAAGGAGAGCAUCGUCUCACACCAAUGCAGCUGCACUAUGCCGGUUGGGACGUCGCUAAGAUUCUCCAGUUACCAGUCGACGCCCUUGCAAUGUCCAGGGAAAAGGAGAUCGUGGACUCAACAGAAGGCAGGAUUCGAGCAAGAUGCGCUGGUAUCCUCGAACUCCGUUCUGUUAAUUUCAAGCUGCAAGGACUAUUCAGUUCCCAGAAGAUCAGACAUUUCUACGUUGAAUUCAUCCACAGGUCUGCAGUCGAAUUCCUGCGAUAUCCCGACGUCUGGGAGGAGAUUUCAAGCCUGACAGUCGAUUCAGGAUUCCAUCCGGCGGUGGGGCUCUGCCAUUCUUGCGUCCUUCUCUGCAAAACUUCUCUCAGAGAAUCACCUAUCAUUCUUGACGAGAGUGAUAUUUGGUAUUACAUGCAACGUGCCAUGCAUUAUGCUCAUCUUGCUGAAAGGGAGGGGAGACCUGUCUUGCCAAGCAUACUUCAGGAGCUGGAUCGCACAAUGACAUCCCAUUGGGAGGAUACGGAGGCGUGUUACAUAACGCGGCAUGCUUUUGACGCCGUGAAAGGAUCUAAAUCAGAGCGGAAGCGCCUGAGAGAAACGGCGUUCUACGAGACUAAUGACGUUCACUGGGCCGCCGCACAGGAGCUUAGGUGGGAAUAUGCGGCUGACGACGAGAAUACAGGCUUAGACUUUAGUCUGCGUGGUGCUGCUAAGCCCAUAGACUUCUACUCCAUGGCGGGGUUUUAUUGCUUGGCCGACUUCCUCCAGCAAUUAUACACCCACUCCUCGCUUCCACAGGGGCAGGCUCGAUCCGUAGCUUCCCGCUUGCUUUUCGACACGACCAACAAUAUGCUCUUUAGGCGUCCUUGGCCAGGCAAUAGGCAAGAUAAAGAAUCCAUGGCGCUGCGCUGUCCCGUCAUCUGCAGCUAUCUUCUCGAUCAAGGCGCUGAUCCUAAUGCACGAUAUGGCAUAUCACAGGAGAGUGCAUGGCAACUGAUGCUUGAGUAUGGGGUGACCAACCAAACAAGGCAAGGAGAGUUUUGGAGAAACUUUGAGUUCGGCGGCUUUGCAAACACCUACUCCAGGCUCCUGGUUAACUUUGUCCAACACGGAGCAGAUGUCAACGCUGAAGUUGUCUCGAAAAAAAGGCAAGCCAACGACACGAGCAUCUACCGGCCCACAUUUUCUCCUUUGGGUGCCGUUAAAGCUCUGUAUUCCCCUGCAAAUCCCAUGGACCCAUUUGCCAUCAGGUACCAGCCUAGAACAGAGACUGAAACACGUAGUGAAGAGCUGGUACUCUUCUACGAACAUCUGAAAAGUUUGAUGAUUCAGAAAGGCGCGGUUCGGGAGCUUCUAACCAGAGACCAGACUGGCCGGGUUGGGUCAUCAGGAGCAAGGCAUUCCAGCCAUAAUGAUAGGCUUGGACCUCCUAAGGUCCCACAGAGACCCAAGUCUGCGGAUAUGGUGAAGGGUAAACUGAGGAGCAUCCUUGGAAAAUGGCAAAGCACGAAGGGAUCCGCGGAGACCUGA